GAACAUAAAAAUGGUUUACAAGCCUCGAUUUCAUCGUUGCCAACAGAGGAGGUAGACACUCCCCUUUCUUCCUUCUAUAUUUCAUCGCACUUCAAACUCCUUUGCUACUGGAAUCUUCUCAGAAUGGCGUCUUUAUCCAAUUCUGUUGUGAUAUCGAGGAGCCCCGCAAUCGAUUUAUCUCCCGGCUCUUCUUUGAAGUCUGCUGAUCAGUUUAUGAGACCCACUAACUUGGCCUUGAGUUUUAAGGGCAACAAGAGACCAUCCACCCACAAAAGGAUACUCACAGUUCAAGCAAGUUAUAGUGAUGAUGGAAGACCAGGCAGUGCAAGCAUCUUUUUCAGUGGCUUUGUUUUAGGGGGAUUAAUUGUUGGGACACUUGGAUGUGUUUUUGCACCUCAGAUCAGCAAGGCUUUAAAUGGAUCUGACAAAAAGGAUCUCAUGAAAAAGCUGCCAAAAUUUAUCUAUGAUGAAGAAAAGGCCUUGGAGAAGCAACGCAAGAAACUGGCGGAGAAGAUUGCACAACUGAACGAUGCCAUAGAUAAUGUAUCCACUCAGUUGCGAUCAGAAGAGCAGCCGCCAAAUGGAGCUGCAGUGAGCUCAGAUGAUGCUGAGGCUCUCAUCUAAGACUGCCAACAUGUACAACCUUUCCUCUAAGGCAUAUGGUCAUAGUACUCUCUUCACUGCUUGAUGUGUUACGAAUGCUGGGUUUAAGAGAUGAUAUGCAAGUGCUAUUUGCUGUUAGUUUUCUGGAUUUUGAUGGAUGUCGAGAGUCGCACUGUCUAAUAACCUCUUGUAUUGGUCAUUUCAGUUGUAUAUAAACCCAUGUUUAUAUAUGUCACUCCCUUAUCUUCUUUAUUGAUGAA